AUGGGUGGCAAGGCGAUGUUGAUGUUGAUGCUAUGCAUGUUGGGUGCUGCAUCGGUGCGGGGCGAAGACCCAUAUGUGUAUUACACAUGGGACGUGUCGUACGGGACAAUUGCUCCACUGGGAGUGCCCCAGCAGGGUAUUCUUAUCAAUGGGCAAUUCCCGGGACCAGAAAUAAAUUGCACGAGCAACAACAACAUCGUGGUAAAUGUGUUUAACAACCUUGACGAGCCAUUGCUUAUGACAUGGCACGGAAUUCAACAGAGGAAGAACUCAUGGCAAGAAGGUACACCGGGAACAACAUGCCCUAUCGCUCCGGGGACAAACUACACGUACCACUUCCAGGUGAAGGACCAGAUUGGAAGCUUCUUCUACUAUCCUUCAAUAGGAUUGCACAGGGCAGCGGGUGGUUUCGGUGGCCUUAGAAUAUUCAGUCGUCUGUUGAUUCCCGUCCCAUAUCCAGAUCCCGAGGCUGAGUACUGGGUCUUGAUGGGUGACUGGUACAGCAAGAGCCACACCAUCCUCAGGAAGUUCUUGGACAGCGGUCGCUCUAUUGGCAGGCCAAACGGUGUGAUCAUCAACGGAAAAACCGCCAAGGGCGAUGGCUCUGAUGAACCUUCCUACACCAUGAUCCCUGGCAAGACCUACAAAUACAGAAUCUGCAACGUUGGUCUCAAGGACGCCCUAAACAUUAGAAUCCAAGGCCAUCCCAUGAAGCUUGUCGAGUUGGAAGGCUCCCACGUUGUGCAAAACGUCUACGACUCUCUUGACGUCCACGUUGGGCAAUGCUUCACCGUGCUUGUCACUGCCGACCAGCAGCCAAAGGACUAUUACAUGGUGGCCUCCACUCGCUUCACCAGGUACACUCUAACCGGCAAAGCCAUCAUCCGCUACACCAACGGCGUGGGCCCUGCCUCUCCGGAGCUCCCUCCCGCCCCCCAAGGCUGGGCCUGGUCUCUCAAUCAGUUCCGCUCCUUCCGUUGGAACCUCACCGCCAGCGCUGCCAGGCCUAACCCUCAGGGCUCAUACCACUAUGGUCAGAUCAACAUCACUCGCACAAUCAAGCUCACCAACUCCGUCAACAGACUCCAGGGUCUCCGUUAUGCCCUCAAUGGCGUCUCACAUGUUGAUACUGAAACUCCUCUUAAGCUGGCUGAGUACUAUGGUGUUGCUGACCAGGUUUUCAAGUACAACAUCAUCUCUGAUGAGCCCCCCGUGGAUCUAAAAGCCAUCGUCAACGCACCCAAUGUCAUCAAUGCCACUUACCGUGACUACAUCGAGAUCAUCUUCGAGAACCAUGGAAAAACUGUUCAAUCAUACAAUUUGGACGGUUACUCAUUCUUUGCAGUCGCCAUUGAGCCAGGCAGGUGGACCCCAGAGAAGAGGAAGAACUAUAACCUUUUGGAUGCCGUGAGCAGACACACCAUUCAAGUGUUCCCCAAGUCUUGGGCCGCCAUCAUGUUGACGUUCGACAAUGCUGGAAUGUGGAACUUAAGAUCUGAACAUGCUGAGAAUCGCUACUUGGGGCAACAACUCUACAUCAGCGUUUUGUCCCCUGAACGUUCCCUUAGGGACGAGUACAGUCUCCCGGAUACCCAACUUCUUUGCGGCAUCGUCAAGGAUUUGCCUAAGCCGGAGCCAUACCAUAUGUAGAUUGCCUCCCUUCCCUUCUAUCUAGUUAUGCCUUUCGUAUGUGAUUAUAAAUCUCAUUUCUAUGCCAUGCGCUGACUGAUAGUGAUAUGUAUCAACCCUUUGUUGAAUUCAAUUCAUUAAUUUCCUCCUUAAUAUUA